UUGUUGACACCGUUAUGUUGCAGGGCGCAUGCUCACUCCCAAGUUUCCUGGUGCCUUUUCUAUUUCACCUUAUGAAACUUUUUCCCCGGCGUGGUCUCAACCGCGAUUUAAGGCAUAGGUGUCGCCGAGCCCGGAGGCUGGGAGUCGCCAGGCGUGCGGGGGAGAGGCCUGGGCCGCGUCGCGGAGGGGGGUGGAGGAAGAGGGCAGGCGAGGCGGGAAGGUGGGCUCUGGCCGCCGGGAGCCGGGGACCGAGACGCCGCCGUCGCCCCUAGCGGGGAGCAGCCGGGAGGAGGGGGCCGCAGCCGGGAGAGGGGACCCCCACCAUGCCCAAAGUCUUCCUGGUGAAGAGGAGGAGCCUGGGGGUCUCGGUCCGCAGCUGGGAUGAGCUCCCGGAUGAGAAAAGGGCAGACACCUACAUCCCAGUGGGCCUGGGCAGCCUGCUCCACGACCCCCCCGAGGACUGCCGCAGCGACGGCGGCAGCAGCAGCGGCAGCGGCAGCAGCAGCGCAGGCGAGCCCGGAGGCGCCGAGAGCAGCUCGUCCCCGCACGCCCCCGAGCGCGAAACCCCGGAGCCCGGCGACGCCGAUGGCCCCGAAGGACACCUGGCGGCCAAGCAGCGCCCGGUUGCCAGGUCAAAAAUCAAGUUCACCACAGGCACGUGCAGCGACUCGGUGGUUCACAGCUGUGACCUGUGUGGCAAGGGCUUCCGCCUGCAGCGCAUGCUCAACCGUCACCUCAAGUGCCACAACCAGGUGAAGAGACACCUGUGCGCCUUCUGCGGCAAGGGCUUCAACGACACCUUCGACCUGAAGAGGCACGUCCGCACGCACACAGGCAUUCGUCCCUACAAAUGCAGUGUCUGCAAUAAAGCCUUCACUCAGCGCUGCUCCCUGGAGUCCCACCUGAAGAAAAUCCACGGGGUGCAGCAGCAGUAUGCCUAUAAGCAGCGGCGCGACAAGCUCUACGUCUGCGAGGAUUGCGGCUACACGGGCCCCACCCAGGAGGAACUGUACCUGCACGUGAACAGUGCCCACCCGGGCAGCUCGUUUCUCAAAAAGACAUCUAAAAAACUGGCGGCCCUUUUGCAGGGCAAGCUGACAUCCGUACACCAGGAGAAUACCAGCCUGAGUGAGGAGGAGGAGAGGAAGUGAGAAGGAAGGGGAGGACAGAUGUUCACACUGCCAUGUAUGUCUACGUGGAUUUUUGGUUUUCAGCGUUCCCCACCCCACUGGCUCUUCUUAAUUAGAAAUGUCCAGUUCACCUCUGUGUCCUUUUGGAACAUCAGCCAUCGGAUCCGUUCCAAGAUUGUCAGUUACCGUAGUGCCGUCAGGCCCUGUAACCCGUGUCCUGUCUGGUGCACUUGCUCACAUUCACCAAAGUUUGUUUUCCACGAUCUUGAUAGCCAAGAACACCGUGUGGGCUUUUUUCUUUUUUUUUUUCCCCCAAGGAUUUUCACACAUGGAGGGAGAGGUAUUUCUUAGAGCAAUCAUCAUUUUAUGGUGCCUUGAAAUAAAAAUACUUCGACUUGAAA